ACGACGGAGGAGAACAGGAAAGGCCGAGAUACAGCGAGCGAUCGACGGCGCUGGGUUACUCCGCCGAGCCGAGCAAGGUUUUUGUGCUUCGGCUUCUGGGUCAAGUUUCCUCAACAUCCUCUCCUCUGUGUUUGGCCUGCAUCAAUGGUGUCUCUCAGCAGCAGAACGCUGAGUCUGGAGAAUGACCUGUUCAGGGACAGCAGCAGCAACAGCAUGUGCUCCCUCGGCCUGGGAGACGGAGCCUGCAGCGAGGGAGCGAGCUUGGCUUCCUGCGACAGCCCUGAGGCAGGGGACUUGUGGAUCACGCACAGCCCCAGCCUCGGAGUGGACGAAGAUGAGGAGGAGGAGGAAGAUGAAGAUGAUGGCUCUCGCCUGCAUAUUUUUCUAGAGGCAGCAGAAGAAGAGGAACCUGAGGGUCAGGACCCUAAUAUGCCAGAAUUUUCUUUUGACCCCUCUUCCCAUUUCUCCCCGACCAUGGAGGACAUAGAAGAGUUCUUGAGAGAGAAGAUGGAGCUGGUCAAAGAGGUGUUAAUGGUCCCAAAAGAGGAGGACUGCCCUCUCCCAUGCAGCUCCGGUAACUCUCCAUCUUCCACUACGCCCCCGUCCUCCUCUUCAGACACCUACAGUGAUGAAGGGAUGAGUGCCUCCCAUUGCACUUCAAGCCCAAACACACCUCACAAUGAGCAAAACAGCCCCAGCCCAGCUGACCCUUCCCCUUCUGGCCAAGUAACCCCCUCACCAUCCAACUUAACCCCCUCCAUGCUCCUGGGUGCUCCGCUGGUUCUCCAGCUCCAGUCCCUACCUCUGGCCCAGCCUCAGAACCCGGCAGCCUCUCCCCCCGCGGCCCAAAACAGCAUUUGGCUCACUCAUCUCAUCAUGGGGCUCCAGGGCGCCACGGGACAAAAUGUCACCCUGCUAGCCCCCCAGGGGCCCUCCGGCCCCACCACUAUUUUAUCACUAAACAGUGGAGAUCUCAAGUCAGCUGACCAGAAGUAUGUGAAGAUCGCCCCUCUGCCCAUCACAAUGAGGACUGUAGAGAUUAUGGGUCUGGCUGCGAUUAGUUCCCAGGCCAGUGGUCUGUUGAAGGCCAUGGCUCCUCGGGUGAGCAGAGGGCCUCCUACAGAGAGGGUCCAUAAGUGCGCGCACCCAGGCUGUGGGAAGAUGUACACCAAGAGCAGCCAUCUGAAGGCUCAUUUCCGCCGGCACACAGGAGAGAAGCCGUACACGUGUAACUGGCCUGAGUGUGGCUGGAGGUUCUCCCGGUCUGACGAACUCUCCCGUCACCGUCGCUCUCACUCCGGCAUCAAGCCAUACGAGUGCUCGCUGUGUGAGAAAAAGUUCGCCCGCAGCGACCACUUAUCCAAACACACCAAGGUCCACCGUGGCUCCAGACCCAGCAGGAUUAUCAGAGCCACCGUGUGAUACCUUCAACUGGCCCUGCACCCUGCCCUCACCCUCCCACCCUGUCUGCCCAGGGCGGCUUAUUACCAGGGUGGGGUCAGGGUCUCCCUCAGGACUUUUGGUGCUUCACGGGCAGAACUUUUCUGAAAAAUCUUAAGAGCUGACUGCUGUUUUUCGCACUCAUUGUUUCUGCGUUCUCCUCUGCUCCCUGCUGUUUACUUUUCACUUGUUUGGUCUGAGCAGCUCGUCUUAUACAGAGCUAACAGCCACCUCAGGAAAAGUGGAUUUCCUGACCUUCCAACACAGACAGACAUAAAACAAAACAUAUAUAGCGGGAGAAAGUCUUACAGAGAGGCCCCCUUUUUCCACCUCUGCUUGCACUACUGUUCCUAUUCCAAACCACCAGGUGCUGUUGAGUGUAGGGUGGUGCUGUAACAGUAAUGGGAGCGUCUGUAAUUAUAUUAUCUCCUUCCUACUUUUUGCAUUUGCCCGUCUGUCUUGAAGCCAAACUUCAGGGUCCACACGGAUGAAGGUUCCCAAUAUUUUUGUGUAUCGUUAAAGUGAAACAUUGUCUUUAGCAUCACAAUCUUGCCUUGUGUAUUAAUCAUAAGGCAUGCGAUAGACGCUAUCAAUGUGUCAGAGCGUGACAUCCCUGUGGGGUGAAAUUGUGACUAAAGCAGUAGAAGACUCUUCUAAGUAUUUUCGAUUUUCAGAGUUACAGUUCACUCUGAAUGAACAGUGUGACUCUUGAUAUUAAGAGUAAAAGCUGAGACAUUGAUUCAGUCAUACUAAACUUGUGGCUAUGCUCACAGAUUAAUUCUCCCUAAACUCUGAUGUUUUUAAAAAUCCGAACCUGGCCUUUACUCGUCCAACCACAAUGCUUCCUGUUUUGACCCUUUGUAUGCCUUUGCUCAGUCCCAGUCUGCCCUACUUUCUAUCAAUGCCUUUGUCCAUAUGGCAAAACCUCACUUGAUCCUACUGUUAAAGAUAAAGUUACCAUAUGACUGCUCUUAUUGAACUGUGAUUCCGUGCUGAGGGUAGCCAAACCAGAAAUUCCAGUUGUGGCCCUGUGAGAGCAUGAAUAAUUACACUCUCAGUGUGUGACAGUUUAUAAGCUGUUCUAAGAAAAUCUCUUGGAAAUCGUUGUGCAGCCGACUUACGUGGCCUAUGAGCUACUCGGCCUGUAUAUUGUAUUUUGGCUCCAUGUUUCAGAAGUGCUCGAUGGUUCAAAAAGUGCUGCUCUUUCUUACUUACAGUAGCAGUUACUGUAAACACUUUUUUUUCUGUUGGUUAUAGCAACAAGGAAGAGCUAAUAGUUUUUAACAGCUGGAAAAGGUUGCUAACAUCUAUCCAAUCAUGUGUAUUAGCAUAUACUCAAUAUAAUGUGUACUGAACGUUAAGGACAACGUGUACAGCUUGUAGCCUUUAUAUUAUGUAGAUGUUUUUUUUUAUCAAAGAUGAUUUUCGAUCAGUGCAUUAAGCUAUUCAGUGGUGUUUCUGGAGAGGUGUCCGGUCUUUUUUGUGAGUUUGAUUGUAGCGUCAUCAAUCUGUGAUCAGUCUGAUCCAACGACGUGUCAGGCUGAUUAUGGUGCGGGAUCUGGAGUCCCGCUCUUCCCAAUUCUCUAACCAUUAAGCCGAAUUUGCUGGUUUCAAGUGCACUUGUUUUCGUGGAAAUAGAGAAAUGGUCGUCGUGCUAUAAUGGACGUUCCAUUAAAAAUGUAUCAGAACCCUUAAGAUGCCAAAAAACAGGAAAGCUUAUUUUCUCUGGAUGGGUAAACUCCACUGUGAUGUGCAGAUAAUAUUAUCAUGUGUUCUUUGAACUCAUCACUUCGGUGCUUGUUCACCCACCCGUGCUUCACACACAGACAGUAUAACCGAAAGCUCCACAUAACCUUUCUGUAACUGCAACUUACGACUACAAACUGCAGGCUAAUGGCAAUCUUACCUUAGCCUGAACAACAUAUGUGCUUUUGGAUGAACUUAACAAAGUACAGCACUUUUGCAUGUAGCAGUGCAGACUUUUACAUCGCACCCAUCCUCUUUUCUUUGUCUCUUUUAUUAUGGACAAACUAGGUUUUAUUAUUUUUAAACAACAAUUCUUAGUAAUAUAGAAACCUGUUCAGAGUGGACAGACGGUCAGACAUGUUUAUCUGUCUGAACCAGGGUGCUCUUUGUGUCUGAGCCUCCCCAGGCUGCAUCUACUGACCUACAUCCAGACCUGUAUUCGCUCAACAUGCAAUUCUCUCUGUUCCUGUCUCAGUCCUGCCUGUGUAUUUGUUGUUGUUGUUUUUUUUUGAAUACCAGAAAUGCUAUUUUCCUAUUUGCAGAAAUAAAUAACAAAAAAUAAAA